AUGAAGAUCAAGGAAAACGGUCAUGGUGUCGAUUUAUGGCAUUGGAUACCAUCGCAGUUGAAUGUCGCCGACUUAGCAACGAAGUCUUGUAAGUUUGAAAGUGUGAAGGAAUGGCUAAAGGGUCCGGAUUUUCUGCUCAAAGACAGCAGUGAGUGGCCAACUGAUGCACCGGUGGAAUUGUCACCCACUGAAAUGCAUACUAUAUCUGAAAAUGAAAAAAUAUUGAGAUUACCCGAGAACGAGAAGCCUAAACGUUUAACAAUUACUGUACAUGAUAUGUCCGAUGCGAGAAAUGCGUGGUACAGGAAGGUGCAAUCGGAGGUCUUCAAAGAAGAGCGACGCAGCAUAAAGAAUUCAGGAUUCGUGAAAAGCAGCAGUCGUUUGAGAACCUACUCGCCGUUCCUACAAGAUGGGUUGAUCCGCAUGCGAGGCCGCGUGCAAGAUGACAACAAGCCGUUCGAAGUUAAUAACCCCGUCAUUCUGCCGGACAAUCAUCCUUUUUCAACAUUACUGAUUCGCAUGUACCAUAUCGCUAAUGCACAUCAAGGCUUUGAAACAGUUGUCAACAACAUCAAGGAACGUCAUCGUAUUCUCCGGAUUCGCUCGCAGGUGAAAAAAUACAUUAUGUCUUGUGUCAAGUGUCGAGAGCCCAGGGCAAGACCUCGAAUUCCGCAGAUGGGAAUGCUGCCGCCAGAACAAACAAAUCCUUUCGUAUUCUCGUUUACCAACACUGGAAUAGAUUAUUUUGGACCACUAUGUGUCAAGGUCGGCCGUCGUGUUGAAAAAAGAUGGGUGGUACUCUUCACAUGUAUGACUUCCAGAGCAGUGCAUCUCGAAGUUGUAGCAUCGCUAGAUACAAGCAGCUGCAUUAUGGCCAUACGCUGUUUCAUGUCCAUCCGUGGAUUACCGCAAUGUAUCAUGACAGACAAUGGUACCAACUUCACAGGCGCAGAUCAAGAACUAAAGAAGCUAGUGAAAGCUUUGGAUCAGCCACAACUCGAGGACUCAUUGAGUGUGAGAGGUGUCGAAUGGAAAUUCAUUCCACCGGGUGCUCCGCAUUUUGGAGGAUGCUGGGAGCGUUUGGUGCGCUCCGUGAAAAGUGGUCUUCGUGCAAUGCUUAAGGAAAGACAUAAGACGGACUUGGUAUUGCGAACAACAUUAUGUGAGGUGAUGAAUACUGUCAACAAUAGGCCGCUUACACAUGUUCCGGAGCACCCCCAAGAUGUUGAACCUCUGACGCCGAACAUGCUGCUGUUAGGCCGAAACAAUUCGACACAGUUCGAUCACGACUUCGACGAACGAGACUUGGACUGUCGUGCCGCUUACAAGCAAUCCCAGGUUUACGCCGAUCGUUUCUGGCGCAGGUGGUUAGCAUGUUAUCGUCCUGAACUGAUAAGGAGUCGGAAAUGGCCUGACAACAGGAACUAUCACGAAUAUCAUAUCGGUGAUGUAGUAAUGAUAGUUGAUGAAGCCUUGCAUCGAGGAAGUUGGAUAAAAGGCAUAGUCGAAGCAGUGUACAAGGGUCCAGAUGAAAAAGUCAGAACAGUAUCGGUUAGAACAUCAAAAUCAUUGUUUAAAAGGCCAGUGACCAAGAUUGUGCUACUCCAGUCCAUCAGCUCGUUUUCGGGCCCGGAGAAUGUUACCAACCCUGUCAGCAGUACAACCACUUUUGCUCGGGUACGGUGA